AGCUGCAACUAGGCAGCAAUUUUACGAGUUUUAUCGAUAAUAUCACUUAACUUAUGUAAAAUUUUACGCAAAAGUAAGUUUACUAAUCAUUAACUAAAUAGUAUGAAUGCAACAUAAACAUGAUUUGCAAUACAUCGAUGGGUGUUAACUUUUUUCGCUUUGGAUGACUCAAUCUGCGAUGACUCCAGUGUAAACAAUGGAACGGUUAAGCCUGCUGAUCGCUGUUGCGACGGUUACUUUCCUGAGAUGCGUGUAUACGGAUCGCGGAGACUACAUCGGAUGCUACAGGCUAAAAGACGACGUGUUAAAUAUCCACACUGGUCAAUCCGUCGACGUUUGCCUGACAUCAUGUGAAGAAGUUUACUACAAAUACGCUCUCGUCGGCAACGAGUCCUCGUGCUUCUGCGCCAACGUUCCGGGACAGUUCAAGUUAGAGUUAGACGCCUGUAGCACGCCUUGUCCUAAGAACGAAUCUCAGAAAUGCGGCGGCGACAACGUCGCGAGCGUAUACGACACCGAGGUGACGGCUCCCGGACCGCCCAUGUCCCUCGAAGUGAGUAACGUGACGGAAACAGCGCUGCGGGCGAGGUGGGCUCCCCCUCAGGCCUUCUCCCGUAUCUCGGGCUACGUGGUCAGAGCCACAGUGCUCGAAACUUUCGCCGACUUCACUCUGCUGCCCCUGGAAUGGGUAGUCAGCAAUGAAACAUUUCAAAUCGAGCUACCGAACCUUCAGCCGGGUUCCAAAUACUCAAUCAGCGUAGCGGCAACCAACUACGAGGAGGAGGGCCCGAACGUCACGAAGACGGCGGAGACGGUCAUAGGCACGCCCACCCCUAGUCCUCCGGAUAUAGAAAUUAAACAGAGGCACGGGAACAAAAUGGUAGUCCACAUUCCACAGGCUCAAAACACUAAUGGUCCUGUGAGCAUGUACCGUAUUGUGGUGUCGGUGGAGCUGUAUCAGCAGGGUUUUAUAGUGGAAAAUCUAGGGAACUACACUUAUGCAAGGGAAAGGAACUUCCCCUAUUAUAUUACAGCCGAGUUAGAUCCUGACGAUAUUCAAAGUGACUUUAUUAUUGGUGAUAACAUAACUUACAAUGGUUUCCUCAAUGCUCCUCUACCUCUCAUUAAUGAUAUAGAAGUUUUUUUAGGAGUUGUCAGUGAGAAAAACCAUGUGAAGAAAAUAAGAUAUGCUGAUGCUAGUAAAAAGGUCAUAUUGAAUGUGUCCGAGCCUGAGGAAGUGUCCCCUAUGGUUGUAGUUCUGGCCUCUGGCAUAGCUAUCGGUGUUGUUUUACUGCUGAUUGGUAUUGGCCUGCUGAUCAUUCUAAGGAAGAGAAUUACAGUGGCUCGCCUUCAGAGAGGUUCCCAGUCUAUGCCUUUGAGUUUGAGCGAGCCAUGCCUGGAAAUUGAGAACUCUGGUUUCUUACAGGAUGAAGACGAAAGAGUCGAUUAUUAUGGUAAUAUAAAAAGGAAGCUGUGGAACAUCCCCAGGAACCUGAUUGAUAUUGAUAUUUCGUGUGUCGUUGGCUUGGGGAGCUAUGGGAAGUUCACAAGAGGUAAAGUACAGCAGCACAGCAGCCAUAUGUUCGGGCUGGUGCAGGUUAUAGCGGACAGAGAACUAGACAAGGCAGACAAGAAAGUGAUGCUUCAGGAGUUAGACACUCUCAUCAAGUCUUCCGAACAUGAAAAUGUUAUAUCAUUGAUAGGAAUUUGUGAAACCAAUACUACCCUAUUUGUUGUGCUGCAGGACAGCAAGAUUAACCUGAAGGAGAUGCUGCUGCAGAGCAGGCACAGGGACGUGCAGAAUAAUAAGUUCUGCUUGUUAACAGAAAGUAAAGUCCUUCAGAUAUGUGCAGAUAUCGCAUGCGGCAUGGAGUACCUGCACAGUAAAAGGAUCGGCCACAAGAGGUUGAGCUGUCGUAAUAUAAUGAUCGGAGAUGGCGGCCUCGCUAAACUAGCAGGUUUUGGACUCUCUCACAUUCGGCCCCUACAUGAAACACCAGACUAUACAAGGUGGACUUCCCAUGAGAUGCUUCGUCAGACCAGGUUCCACACUAAAGCCGAUGUGUGGUCCUAUGGAGUCUUAGUUUGGGAAGCUCUGACAUUGGGUGCCACACCCUACUCGGGUACUGUUAGUAAAGAUGUUGCAGCCCGAGUGCUGAGAGGUAUGAGACCAUCUCAGCCAUCGUAUGUGGGCGAUGAGCUGUUCCAGCUGUGCCUGCAGUGCUGGCAGGUCGACCCCGACGAGAGGCCCACCUUCUCUUCUCUUCUUAAUGAACUGACUCCUAUCAUCAACGGGCCUGGGACUAGAUGUCUAAGUUUUACAUUUUACAAUGAUUUUAAUUAUGAACCUCACAUACCACAGUAUGAAGUUAUUUCAUAAUCAUAGUGAACAGUAAAAACAAUAUUCUUAAU